GUCUGGAUCCUCUAAUGUGGACCAUGCAGAACCGGCCCAGCCUAUAAAUAUUACUGACACAUUUUUAGAGGAAAAGAACACUGAACCUGGAGAAAACAAAGGGGAGGCAUCGUGAAACAAAGACUGGUAUUGCAGCAAGGGACUUCUUCCUAGAAGGCAUGGCAGUGUUGCUGUUGUUGGCUGUGGUGUGCCUAGCCAUGGCCUCUUCUACACCGUUGUCAGCAGUGGAAUCAUGUACGCCAGAGGUUGCAGCUCUCAAGCGCAGCAUAAGGAAACUGGAGAAUAGACUCUUGAUCGGGACUUGGCAGGUUGAGCACUUGCAGAGUCACAAAUACUUCCGGGCGUUUCAACCUGCUGUGUCUGAUACUAAACCUGAAUCUGACACAAGCCCUGGUGUGAACCACAACAGCAGCGGGGCAUUAGACAGCUCUGAUAUGACACCGAUGAAUCCACUCCCACCAGCAGGCAAUUUAAUUGUCCAUGACAAAGAUUGUUCUGAGCUGUUUGACAGACUGAGACCACCAAGCGGUUUCUAUCGCAUCCGACCCAAAUUACACCAGGAACCGUUUUUGGCCUACUGUGACAUGGAUGAUGGAGGAGGAUGGACAGUGUUUCAGAGACGCCGGCAUGGAAAAGUUGACUUCAGCAGAGACUGGGUGGACUACAGAGAUGGCUUUGGUGACUUCAAACUGUGGAAUGAUGAGUUUUGGUUGGGGAAUGAGCACAUGCAUUCGCUGCUCUCAGGUAAGAACCUGGUGAAGAUAGAUCUGAUGGACUGGGACGGAAAGAGAAGUUCUGCAUUUUAUGAGAACUUCAAGAUCACCGAUGAGGCGGAUAAGUAUCGUCUCCACUAUGGGCCGUAUAGUGGACAAGCGGGAGAUGCUCUGACUGGUGGUGGGGGGAUGGUGGAGCAGUGGUCUGCUGGCCUCAGCGGCAUGCAGUUCAGCACCAGAGAUCAGGACAAUGACCGCUAUCUUCAGGGCAGCUGUGCUCAGGAGAAUAAGGCAGGUUGGUGGUUCAACAGAUGUCAUGCAGCCAACCUAAAUGGUCAGUUCUACCGCAAAGGGAAGUACAAGGGCCAGCAUGACAACGGUGUGGUGUGGGGGACCUGGAAAGGCCUUUGGUAUUCUCUCAGACACACCACCAUGAAGGUGCGGCCUCUGGUUUUCUUGGACGCCAUGGGCAGUGGAGCGGGGGACAUUUAAAAACGUCAGGCUUCAUAUUCAUAUUCAGAAUGAACAAAAAAAAAACAAGGGCAAAGUUGUUGUUAUGUUUAUAUUCUUAGUGUCUUAACUUCUGCCUUUGGUUCAUCAUUUAAAACUAUUAUCAAAUGUUGAUAAUACAGCAUCUUCCAUUUUCCAGAAAGCACUGCUUUCUAUGAAGUGUAUGAUAUUACUCAAACAAUAAACCAAACUGCAUCUCA